AUGGCCUCCCCCGCCAAACAGGCCGAAUCCCCCGCCGCUGCCGGCGACGCCAAUGCCGACGGCGACGACAAGCCGCGCCUGACGGAGGCCGAGAAGAAGCAGAACCACAUUGCCUCUGAACAGAAACGCCGACAGGCCAUCCGCGAGGGCUUCGACCGUCUGACCGAACUCGUGCCGGGCCUCGAGGGUCAGGGUCGCUCCGAGGGCCUCGUCCUGCAGCGGACGGUGCGGUACAUGCGCGAGCAGCUCGAGGCGAGGCGCGCCCUCGUGCGCAAGGUCGAGGCCGCUGGGGGCACCGUCGACGACGCUGACCGGCGAUAG